AUGCACAUCAAAGAGGAAAGUGAGAAAGGUGUUGAGAAAGAAUGUGAGCAAGAUGAUGAGAAGGAUUGGGAGCAGUCAGGUGCAUGUGAGAAUGAAAGCGACAAGGCUCCUGCUGAGAAUGAAAGCGAAAAGACUGCUGAGAAGAAAGUGAAAAUGUUCAUGGCAAUGAAAGAGAGAAUGUUCAAUAACGGAAGACUACUUGCUUUGAAAUGGCUCGAGAAAGAGUAUGAGCAACAAUUUGCACAUAUUCGUGGAGAUGUCCAAGAGAUACUCGGCAAUCAUGAGAACACAACGGUCAUUGUUGAGACAUAUCAGAAUCUAGAAAAACAGGAUGUCUUUACUUGGUUUUAUGUGUGUUUUGAGAAGCUUAGAAGGCAGAUAAAAACUUUCGUCGUCCUAUCAUUGGCCUAG